GCCGAAAGGGUGUUGUCUCUGACGUCCAUGGCGAGGGAGAGAGACUGUCGCGUUGCAAGUGCGGCCACUUGCAGCAUUCCGUAAUCCAAAUCCGAAUCACGGAACGUCCGGGAAGCUAUCUAUCCGAGCAGAGAUAUCCUCCUCUCUUGCUAGGCAGCGACAUGCUGCAAGAACUAUCACAUAUGGACCGCAUCACCCAACUCCAGGAUGAAAUCCAGCAGCUCCUUACUAUCAUGGCAAACAGCGUGGCGUAUCUGACUGCCAAGGCAAACUUCACGCAAGUCAGUCCAGAUGUCCCCAUCACGAAACAUAGGAAUCCGGAGAAGGUUGAUGCGCCAGAGGUCUUCGAAGCGAAUAAGAAGGAGAUGGUAAAUGACCUCAUGGUCAAGGCAAAACAGAUUGAAUAUUUGAUCAACUCUUUGCCCGAGCCAGAGCCAGAGGAAAUUCAAGCGCAUAGGCUCCAGGAACUUGAGCAAGAAAUGAGCCAGGCAAAUGAGGAAUAUAUCCGAGCUGUUAAUCGGGCCAAGAACCUAUAUAAGAAGGUCUCGGACGCUCUCCGUAACAUGCUUGAUAUGCAUGACAUGAUUAACGAGCCUGCAGGCUAAGAUUGAACUCGCUAUUCAGCCUGCUUAGAGGGACAACUUCCGAACUACGGUCUCGCCUCUGGAGUGUAGCGCGAACGAAGAAGCGCGUUCAGUGCGCGCAGUGACCUUCGGUGCAUGGUUCAACGACGGCGCCGAAUUAUCCAUUCAAGACGGGUGACCGCUCAUUGCCAGGAAGAGCGCCAUCGGCCGUGAAACAAAGAGGUCUUGUACGCGAUGCUGUUUGGUAGCGCUCCGUCCUUACCCGAGACAUGUUGAAUGAGGGUCAGAGGUUGGAUGGCUGGUCAGAUGUGAAGGAAUAUUGUCCCUAUGUGCCUUUCCACUUUUAGCAUCGUUCGAUUGCGAAUCAUUUCGUCUGAACGACGACUUUUCGCGUUGACUCCUUCGGCGCUUAUUCAGCAUUUUUAGUUGGACCCAUAUUCGUACACCUAUAAUCGAUUUUUGAGUUUCAUUACCAUGCCACCAUCAGGGUUUGCCGCCUUACUUGACCAAAACAUCCAUGUCGUCCCUUC